CUGAUGCUGCCGCUGUCGCCGUGGCAGCGGAAGGCCGCUUAGGAGGAGGAGGAGGAGGAGGAAGAGGAAGGCUUUUGGUAGGGGAGCGCCGGAGGCACCUGGCCGGGAAACAGGGGCAGGAGCCUGAAAAGAAUCCGGAAUGGCCAAAGACAUCCUAAGGGAAGCUGGCCUUCACUUCGAUGAGCUGAACAAACUGAGGGUUUUGGACCCGGACGUGUCUCAGCAAACCAUUGAGCUGAAAGAGGAAUGCAAGCUGUUUGUAGACAGAAUUGCAGAAUUUAAAAAAAUAGUGGGCAGCCUCAUUGAACUUGUAGAUCAGCUAGCAAAAGCAACAGAAAAUGAGAAGAUUAAGGCAAUCGGGGCCCGGAACUUGCUGAAGUCGAUAGCAAAGCAAAGGGAGGCACAGCAGCAGCAGCUCCAGGCUUUAAUAGCCGAGAAGAAGACCCAGCUGGAAAGGUAUCGGAUCGAAUAUCAAACACUAUGUAAGAUAGAAGCGGACCAGAACGAAUUUAUCGACCAGUUCAUUUUUCAGAAGUAGAGCAAGAAUUUCAGACCAGCGACGGCCAACCUGGGAAGUCUUCAAACCGUUCCGGCCCCUGAACAAUUCCAGAACGGGCAAAGGUGGCCGACCGCAUGUCUUGCGAGGCAGACAAAAAGAAAAGGAAUUUAGAGUAGCUUUCCCCAAACCAGGCGCCCUCCGGACAUGUUGGACUACAAGACCCAUAAUCCCCAGCCAGCAUGCUGAUUGGCUGGGGAUACUGUAGUCCAAGCCAUUGUGGAAGGCUGGUUUAGACCUUCAUUUUGAAUACUCUAUGGAUUUGCUUUAGGGUUCAUAAUAAGGUAUUUUGUAAGCUUUUUUUUUUUUAAUGGUCAGGCAUUUAUAUCCAACGUUUGAACCACCAGACUGUUCUCUUUUUAAAAAAACAAAACAACCCCCACCUGUAAUACACUUUUAAGGAAAUCAGGAAAUAAAUUAUUGGGUUUUUUAAAA